GUUUGCGCGAUGCGCACGGCGCCUCGGUUCAUCUCUGACUGCGAUGUUUAAUUCAAAAUGUAAAAAUCGAAAACUCGACAGUGCACAAAAUUAACAAGUUAAGUUUUUAAAUUCAAAAAAACUUUUUUAGAUCGUAAAGUUGUCGUGUUUAUUAAUUGUGUUGUGUUUAGUGUCGGAUUAUGGAUGAGGAAAGUUUUUCACUGAUGUGGACAAUAAGAGCACUCGAAAGCACAGUGUCAAGCUCAGUGAUUAGUGUAAAUAUAUGAAUGAAUGGUAGAUAGCAAAUGAACGAAAUGCGAGGGGCGUGGUUUAUCCAGCGGACUCUGUUGACGUUGCUUCUGACCGCUGUAUCGUCAUCACCGUCCGCUACACAGAACACUGUUAUAUCUGGUAGCCCCUCAUCAUCUGUUACGGGGACGGUAACCAGAGUGUCUUCAGUAGUCGGAGGUGAAGCUGAACUUCCAUGUGACUCGCGUCCACCGCAGAGAAAUGACAGCCUUUUACUCGUCGUCUGGUACCGGGACGACAAUCCAGUAUACAGUUACGACACUCGUGUGCCCGGCCCGACAGGCUACUGGUCGGAUGAUACAUUCGGCGACCGCGCUCGAUGGAUCGACUUGCCGACCUCGGCGCUACACGUCAGUGAUAUUGAGUCACGGGACAGAGCUAUCUACAGAUGCCGAGUCGACUUCCAAGUGUCGCCAACGAGGAAUUAUAGGAUUGCUCUCGAUGUUAUCGAGUUGCCGUCUAAGCCGGUGAUCUUUGACGAAUUCGGGAAGGAAAUAACUGGAGUAGCUGGUCCUUACAAUGAAGGAGGGGAGAUCAAACUUAUUUGCUCUGUGGAUGGGGGCAACCCCAUACCACGAGUUCAGUGGCUUCAAGUCGACACGGUGCUCGCUACGCUUGGAGCGGGCGAAGCGCAGCCCAGUUCAUCUAGAUCCCUCACACUUACAAUAGCUAAUGCUACGAGGGCUCAUCUAUCAUCGGUCUAUACUUGCACAGCAGAUAACACAAUGUUGUCGACGCCACAACGAGCCUCUGUGAGAAUUGACUUAUAUUUGAGGCCGUUAUCAGUAGAAAUAGUAUCUCGAGAGCAGCCACUCUCAGUAGGGAGGAGAGCUGAACUGUGGUGCAAGUCUACAGGUGCGAGGCCGCCAGCUACAAUAACAUGGUGGCUGGGAGGAAAACAGCUGAAUUCAGUUACUAAACAACGGGAUUUAGAAGACAGAAACGAGACGCAGUCCUUACUUCAGUGGACUCCUUUGAAGGAACAAAAUGGACAAGUACUCACUUGUCGCGCGGAACACGAGAAAUUUAACAAAUCCACCAUCGAAAGUAAAUUGCCACUUAACAUAUAUUACGUGCCUGAGGCGAGAAUGCACCUUGGCGCGAACGUGAACCCGAAUGACAUCGAGGAAGGAGAUGACGUGUAUUUUGGCUGCGACGUUGACGCCAACCCGCCCGCCUACAAAGUGGUCUGGGAGCAUAAUGGCGUUCUACUCCAGCAUAACGCAGCGAAUGGCGUGAUACUGACAGGCAACACAAAUCUCGCAUUACGAAAUGUGUCGCGACAUCAAGCGGGACUGUAUACUUGUACAGCUUCUAACGUAGAGGGAGACGGCAAGUCUCCACCAUUGAGGAUGCAAGUUGUCUAUAGACCUCUAUGCCACAGUCGUGAAAUCAAACUGAUUGGCGCGGCGCUUCAAGAGCCGUCAAGUGUCGAAUGUCAAGUUGACGCUUUCCCCCCUCCCGACACCUUUGAGUGGACACUCAAUAACUCCGCCGGAUCUAUAAAGGUCGAUGCGGAGCGCUUCACAGUCCACGCAAAGGAUGGCAGAUCGGUUUUAACCUACACACCGGUAUCUGACGUUGAUUAUGGGACUCUCUCCUGUCGGGCAACGAAUCUUGCCGGGCAACAAGUAUCUCCUUGUGUGUACACCCUAUUGCCGGCUACACGACCCGAUUCCCCAGCUAAUUGUACUGUAUACAAUUUGACUGACGAUUCCCUGGAUUUGACGUGUCUAUCAGGUUACGAAGGCGGCCUUCCCUGUACCUAUAUAGCGGAAGUAUGGGCGAACGAGGGCCUCGUAGUCAAUUCAACGAACUCACUGACAGUAUGGAAUCUUCGGCGUUUGGGUGCUAACCGUCAUCUACGUAUUGUUGUAUAUGCAGCCAAUUUAAGAGGCAGAUCAGAACAUGUUACGUUCACAGUGGAAACUGCCCCGCGAUUAUCACCUAGAACUGAAGCUCAAGAAGCGUGGGAAGUGAACUGGGCGGUUGGUGGAGUUCUGGGAGCGGCACUUACUGUUGCAAUAAUACUGUGCCUAGCCCUCAUCGCAACGAGACUACGCCACAGCAGUAACUAUGAAGUUACAAUGCAAUCAUCCAAGAAUCAAAAAACGCAGCUUCAAAAGAGGACCUCACCAGAUGACUGCAACCCAGAUUUAAUACCACUUAGCAAAGAUACAGACUGCCCUAAGCCACCAGAGUAUUCCGAGGUGGUAUCAAAAGCGGAAGUGAAAAAUUCUUCGAGCAAUAACAGUGUCGCGCGUAUGCAGUCGCCCAAUACGCCGCCUGCGCAGAAAAAUGAAUUACAGGUUUAAUGACCGAAGCAGUAAUGGUGGUGUCCGAUCCCACAGAGAAGUAGUAACUACGAGAACGCCACUCCUAGCAGCACAUCAGGAAAGCUGUGUAUAACGAACUACAUAGACAAGCCUCGGAUUUGCCUUAAACACCUAACUUCAUGAUAGUGGACAUCUAUUGAUUGAUAGCUAACAUCGCAGUGGUCGAAUUCUGAAUAAGUUUAGUAUUGUUGCAUUUAAAAUGCAAUAUCUAUCGUUUAUAAAAAAUUUCAAGGAUAAAACUGGUAAUUUUUCUGAAAUAGAUUUGCGUAAAAUUCUCAUAAAAUCAUCAAUGAUUUCAUGUUGUUGACAAUAAGGAACUACAUAGCUAAAAUCCUCCGAUGGCUUCUGCUAGUUAACUAUAAUAGUUAGGCAUAAACUAAGUAUCAUAAUAAAAAUUAUGUCCUAAAUUUUGUAAAUUUAAGUAACGUGUAAAUAAAGAACAUAUAUUAUGAUGGCUGUUAGCCGAUAAUUAACUCAUUAGUAAUAAUUAUUAUUUAUUAUUGGGUAAACAAAAACUUUUAAAUUAUAAUUUUCUUUUACACAUUUUAAAAGAGAAUACUUAUCUAUGCAUUAUUUACAAUUUAUUGUAAUUGAAAUACACGAAUACUGUUUGAAAAAUUAAUUAAUUUCUUGUAAAUUUAUUUAAUUUUUUUUAAAUUUAAAGACAUACCAAAGAGAUAUAAGUAAUUAAAAUUUAUAAUUCACUUAUAAUUCGGUAGGGCAAAAGAUAGUCAAUUGUCUAAUGUAAAAAUGUACUAUAUUAGUUAGUUAAUUAAAGAUUUAUUACUUUUAAGAUGGGACGUGUAGAAGACUACAAUCAACUUAAUUCAUUUCGCUAUAAUAAAAAAGUUUUUAGUUAUAAAUUAUGAAUUUGAAUAUCAUUCAGAAGAUAUACUUUAUUUGUUAAAUCCUUGUUUAAAAUUGCUAAUGAUUUAGAUAUUUAUAGCACGCAAUAUUGUUAUUUACAAUAAAUACAUUCUAAAUAUUCGCGAAAUUAGGAUAAUUACAUCCAGUAAAGAGUAUUUUUUUAGUUAUACUAUCUUAUCUUUAUCUAUUUUAUAAACGUAAACCUAUACUUAAGUUAAAAUUUU